AUGUCUGUCCUCUUCGGUCGAAAGACCUCGAGUACAUCGAUGGCCAACAUCAACUACGCACGCGGCCUCGUCAUCUCCCUAUACAUCGUCUCUUGGGGAUUCACAACCAUUGCUGCAAUCUUGACAUCUACCAACAGAGGCAACAUUAUCUCAUGUACAAUCUCCAUCUUUGUCUGUCUGUCUCUAUAUGCCAUGUCCAAGAUCAUUAUUUACCUUUUCUUGAUUGAAAAAGUCUAUGUCGUCAGUUCCGUUGCAACUACGCGGAGAGACACAAUGCUCUAUCGUGUCAACAUCCUACUUUUGACUCCAUAUUCCAUAAUUUUGGCAUUGAUGAUCCUCAACCGAGUAGCAGUCUUGAACGAGGAAGAAUACUGCUAUAUCGGUCUGAAACCCAUUGCGUCCAUCACCUUGAUUCUUUAUGAUAUCUUCAUCUCUUCUUGGUUGACCUUGCUCUUUGUUCGUCCUCUGAUCAGCACUACCUCAGUCCUUCAAGGACCCAGUAAAGGCAAACUUCGUCAAGUGGCUCGUCGUACUUUGCUUGGCUCUGUCAUUGCAUUGGUCUUAAGCUCUGCUAAUGUCUUCACAUUGGUCUACUUCCAAGGCUAUGAGGACUCUGUCUUCUGUUUGCUUUCUUGUACUUUAGACGUCACUUUGAAUGCCUGUACCAUUCACUGGGUCACCUCUCGCGCUAAAAGCCAAAGCAGAAGUGACAAGCCUGGUGGCGGUGGCGGUGGCGGCACAUGCGGCGCACAUGGCAAUGGAGGUGCCAACCAUAUGCAGAGUCAUUACAUGAGUAAUCACAAUGGUGCUUUCAGCGACAAACACGCUAUCCCCAUGCCAACGGAUUCUCACAUCACAGUGGCUGUCGAAUCCUUUACGGAUAGCCACUAA